AUGCGUAAGUUGAAGAUUAUAACACCGUGCAACCAGAGUCAUUCACCCUCCAACGUCACUCACUAUUAUCUCUUUGUUUCCUUUGCCUGCCAGCUGUUGACGGCACAUCAACAAGAACUGGAAGAAAUCAUGGAAAAGAUGGACUUAGAGAGACAAAGACAGCAGGCGAACUUACAUCAGAAGCUGCUUGAAAGAAAAAAACGAAAACAAGAAGCGCAGCAGCGAAAACAAGAAAGAGAGAUGGCGAAGGAAUUGUUGGAGCAGAAGAAAGAACUGCAAGAAGUGCGCACACAACACGUAAAAGAGGCGGAGAAGCAAGCAAUGAUUAAUGGGAUUAGGGAUAACGGCUCUGAAGCUGCAGAGUUUGUCAUCAGAAAG